CUGUGCUACAUUUGAAACUAUUAUCUUCCAGUUUUUCACUUCGUCUCUCGGUUUGCUUGUAUAGUACGUUUGCACAUUAGUAGCUACUGAUUCUUGUAUCUAUUGAUAAUUUUGGUUUCAUCUGGUGAGUUUAUUAAGUAGUUGUUUAUGGCUUAAUACACUAAUACACUUAAAUCCUUUAGAAACACAUCCCCAGGCAAAAAAUAAAUAUACCGGCAACUAAAGUUGCAAAACACUUUAGAAUCACACAAAUUUGUGGCCUAUUUUAAUGAUACCAACUGUAAAGGAACGUCAAGCUGGCGCUUAUGAUUUCAGAAAAUAUUAUGAAAAUCUGUGUGCGCUGCGAAAUUGCUCCCCUCUCUCUGCGAUCACAAGCCAUGUUGAUAAUGGAGUUCUUGAUAUAAGUGCAGAUAGAAUAAAGAUUCAAGAGUGGGAUCCAGUUUUUGAUGCUAUUAGAAUCAAUAAAAGCCUGCAUUUUAUUGCAGUCAGAAGUUUCUAUCAGUAUAAUAGUGUUUCAGACAGUGCAACUUCAAACAAUCGACGACGUCCACCAAUUUUACUAUCCAGUUCAAAACUUUUAUUAAAUUUAUGCAAAGCAUUACGUCACUGUGCAUGUGUUACAGAAAAAUUAACAUUUUUAGAAUUGCAAAAUCUCCCACUCAGUAAAACAGGUUUAUUACAAAUUUGUGAAGGCAUUAGAAAAAAUCGUACAUUGAAACAUUUGUCAUUUGAAGGUUCUUCCAUAAAUGAUGAUGGUCUUGAAGAAAUUUGCCGAGUUUUACGUCAUGUCCCAAAUAUUUCAACUCUCAAUUUAACAUCAUGUAAUUUGUCAAAGGAUGGAAUCUCUGCAUUGACUGUACUUAUCAAUUUUCAAGCAAUGCAAAGACAUAAUGCCGCUUGGCAAGAAUCAUUACGUUAUCGUUUUCCAGAACUUGAUCGUCUUGGUGGAUUAAAACGUAUCACAUUGAAUGAUAAUCCAAAAAUAUGUGAUGAAGGCUCUAUUCAAUUAGCUGAUGCAUUGAUUGAUGAUCUAUGGGUGAAAGCUAUUGAUUUACAAGCAUGUAAUCUAAGUGAUAGCUCAGCAAGUACAUGGUUAGCUGUAUUGAUUGGAUUACGAAUAGCUAAUGGAAAUCAAUUGAUGACACAUGAUGAAAUACAUUUGAAAUCAAAUAGAUCAUCUACUAUAGAUGAUCAACAUCGUGGAAAUCAUUCUUUAGUUGUUCUUGAUUUACGCAGAAAUCCUAAUAUAUCUCGUGAUCUAUUACGUGCUGUAACAGAAAGGGCACUUAUCAACUCCGAGGGUAAACAGACUGAAUUUAGUUGGUUAAAAGCUGGCUCACAAACUCCAUCACAAUUAUGCUCUGGUGUAACAACUUAUCCAUGGCCAGGUUUAACUGAUAUGUCAAAUCCAAUUCCUGGCAUUGAUCCAAUAAAUCCAUUCAACAAAUCUGUGAAAUCAUCAAAUUCUUAUCGUGCAAGAUCAAAAUCAAAUAAUUCUUUGCAUUAUCAUGAGAAAACUGUUAAUUCUGAUGAUAAAAAUGUAUGUAUAUAUCAUAGAAAUAACUUAUCUGAUAGACCACCGUUUAUACCUGCUGGCGGUCGACCAAGAUGCCGUAGUGCGGAUCCUGCACAUUAUCUAGAUCAUAGAAUACAUCAUAAAUGUAAUGUAGACUUACAUAAGAAGUGUAAUCGUCAUUUACAUUGUUCUGAUUCUGGGCACCCUUUAAGUGAACGAGCAGUAUGGAAACCACCUGGUGUGGCUAAAACUAAUCAAAAUGUAUAUUAUAGUCGACCAACUACUCCAUUAUCAAGUCAAACAAGUUUUACUUCAGGAAUACCGUGGAGAACUGCCGCAAGAGCAUCACGCUGUCGAGGCUAUCCAGACUUUCACUGUCCAGGUAAAACAUGUCUUGAAUCACGUGCUUUACAUUUGGAUUAUAAUCUUGUCAAUAAACAAUCAUCAAAUGUUAAUAAUAUAAAUCAGAAUAUCAAUAAAUCUGUUAUUCUUCCAUGUGCAAAAACGUUGAAUAAAGUUAUCACUGAUGGAUGUCAUUGCCAACAUCAUCGUCAACCACAAACACAACAACAACAACAACAGCGUCUUGGGCAUAACCGACAAAAUCCAACAUAUCAAAAAUCAUGUUCAAUGAACAAUUCCAGAAUAAGUUCCCCAGAAUUAUCAGGGAUGAAUUUUCAGCAUAAAUUAAAACAGCUUAUGACGAAAGUAUCACAACUUGAAAAAGAUUUACAAACUGAAAAACAGAAAUCUGAUCGGUUAUUGAAAAAUCGUCAGUUUGUUCAACAAGAGAAUGAAUCCAAGCAUCUAUUUCAAAUUGAUCAAAAUUCAAUCCAUCAAUUGAGAAACUUUAUUUGUCGUUUGACAAAUAUGAUUGAAACUCUUCAAAAUUCCAAGAAUAAAUCUAAUAUAUCCAAUGAUGAAUUGAACAUUUUACAAGAUACAUUUGAACAAUUAUGCUCUCUUAUUAGUCGUAUUACAGAAGAAGAAAAUGUUAACAAAAAACAUUCUUCUACUUAUUAUCAUGAAAUAAGUAGUAAUAAAAUGAAUAAAGAAGAAAAUAAAAUUGAGAAAAGUAUAAAUCAUAUGAAACAUAAAUCUAUUAGAAACAAUCAUGAAAAAUCUAAUACUAAACAAAUAAAAGGGCAUAUUCAAUGGAAAACGAUUGCUAAAACACGUGCUGUACAAACGGAGAAUCCGCAGAAUUCAAUUAAAACUAAUGAAAAGAUAAUAAUUGAUAAUAAAAAUAGUAAGCAACAUAAAUAUGAAGUAUCUAAUCCGCAUAUUGCAUGGAUUCCUUCUACAUGUACAAAUACAACUACUCAUACCGGGAUCAAAAGUACUAUGUCGAAUUCAUAUAAUGACAAUGAGAAUAAUAAUAAUAAUAAUAAUAAUAAUAAUAAUAAUAAUAAUAAUAAUAAUAAUAAUAGCAAAGUAAUCCCUUUAAACUCAGAAGAUGAACAAGAACAAAGUCAAAUAACUAACAACAUAUCUAUAACUAGUAACAAUAAUAAUAAUAAUAAUAAUAAUAAUAAUAAUAAUAAUCUAAGGGUUACGAACUAUGAAAAUAUUAAUCACACAAAUUCUGUGGAUGAUCACAACGGUAACCUUGAACAUCAAUAUUGUCGUUUAGACAAAAGUACUGCUGAUCAUCAUCAUCAUCAUCAUCCUUCGACUAAUUCUACAGAACAAUUAAUUGAUAAUGUAGAAAUUUUUAAGAAAAGUUCACAAACAGAUCAAAUGUUUGCUGAAUUGAAAGCAGCUACAAUAAUUGGUACAUAUUCAAAUGAUGAUGAUAAUAAUGAUAAUAAUAAUACGAAGAAUCGAUUACUGGAUAAUAAACAAAUGAAUGGGUGUAUAUCAAAAGUGAAAAGUAUUGAAAUGGGUGACACAAAUGAAACAUCAAUGCUAAACGAUUCAAAUAGUUCAACAUGUGUCUCCAACGUUUACAACAUUCAAAACAUUAACUGUAAUAAGAAUUUAAACACAAUUGAGAAUGAUGAAUUGAGUGGUAAACAAGUGGACAAUAUCAAUCAAACAACAAAAACAACAACAAAGAAAUCACUAACUAAUCAGAAAUCUAAUGAAUUGAAUCAAUUGAACAUUGAAACGAAUCACUUGAACAAAUGUAGUUUGAAUAAACCAAAUCAAUUUCUUCAUAAUGAAAACAUCUGCCUCAUUGAGAAUACAAAUUGUGAUGAUGAAAAAACUGUUCAGACAAACAAUAAUGAUAAUCACAACAUCAAUGCUACUUCUAGUAAUAAUAAUAAUAAUAGUAUAAACGAUUCGGAAGACGAGUUAUUUGAUGAGUUGAUUAGGGGUAAUUUUGAUUCACCAAUCCCUAAUCCCACAGACUAUGAUUUAAACUCUGUAGAUUAUGAUGAAAUAGCUUAUGAUGAUCAGUUAUCAUCAACUAGUACAAGUCUAUUGUUGGAUAAUUCAAAUCCAAUUUAUCAAUCAACAAAUAAUUCAUUGAUAUCAACUGAAAAUUGAUCAACAUUACUACCAUUAUUAAUAAUCGAGUAUUUUAUUGUGGUGAAUUCAUGUUUGAUUCUCAUUUCGUAUUGAUAAUUGAACACCUUCCGGUGAUUACAACAAUUUCACAUACCAUACAUACAGUGAUAUACGUCUUUUGUAAUUUUAAGAAAAUCAAUUGACUGUAGUACAUAUAUAAUAGGUAUAUUGUGAGCACAAAUAUGUUGGUGUGCAUAACAUUCUUUCUUCCAACAUUUUUGUUUGUUAAACAUUUUGGAAUAAAUAAACCUCGUAUUAUCAUA